AUGCCUCAAGAGGAUUUUGUAGAGAACCAAAAGUCCAAAAGAUCCAUUGAAGAGUUCAAUGGUCAAAAUUUUGAGGAAUCCAUUUGGGCUUGCUUUGUUUAUAUGAAUACAGACAGGAGAAUCAGGAAAGAGCAGUGGGAGCAGCUUACUCUUAUGAAAGCCAACUGGGGAGAUGUGUGGGCAGUCAUGGGAGAUUGGAAUGAUAUUAGGUGUGUGGAGGAUAAGAGUGGUGGUAGAACUAGAUCAGCUGGGAGUUUUGAGGGAUUUCAAGAAUUCAUAGCCAACAUGUCAAUGCAAGAGGUCAAAGCCAGAGAAGCAGUAGAAGUGAUUAAAUCUGCUUGGAGUUUUCCUCAGACUGGGACACCAUUCUACAGAGUCAAGGAGAAAAAUGGGGCUUCUGUUAAAGUCCAUGACUACAAUUGGAUCCCUGGUGGGUUGAAAAGACAGCCAUUGCUUAAAAAUGCAGACAGAGACGGGCAAAUGUGGGUAAAAGAUCUCUUGCAUGAAGGAGGUCACCAGUGGAACGUUCAAAAAGUCAAAGCA